CGAGCCACACCUACGACUAUUCAAAGAAAAAGUGAAAGGUGAAAUGUUUUCUCAACAAAAUUCAAACAAACUUAGUAUUUUUAGUGAACAAGUUCUAAAAGAUUUAAACAGUUUGCUAGAUAAUGUUACCCCCCCAGAUAGCAAGGUGAUUGUGUUUCUCGAGAAAAAUAUAUACUUGGCGUUGGAUCGAAUAAAUAUUUUGGCUAAUGCAGCAAUAGGGCGGAAGAAUUUGGUAGGCUUUUUUCGAUUCCAGGAAAAUGUCGAUUGUCUCUUUGCACAUCACGUUAUUUAUUUCCUUAACCCUGAUGUUGAAAAGUUGCGUACGUUUGUCGUUCACCUUUUGUCAUAUACCCAUCAUUUUCCUAAAGCAGUUCCACAGGUUUAUUUUGUCCCACAAAAACCUUUAAUGAUUGAAAAAAUUAUUGAAAGUGAUUUCAAGCUAAACGAAACGUUUUCUGAAUUGAAGAUAGGUGAAUUUGAUUUCGACAUGAUAUCACUAGCGGAGGACUUAUUUUCAAUGGAGCAGCCUCUUAUAUUUAAGCAUUUAUUUCUAGAUGGGGACACAACCAGCCUGAAGUGGAUCGCUCGACUCCUCCUUAAAUUACAAAGCUCCCAGUUCGGUGCGAUUCCUAUGAUUCGAGGUAAGGGCCGGAACGCUGCCCGAGUUGUGAAUAUACUUAAACGCCUACAAGAUGAAGUUGGUCGAGACUUUUUAAGCAACACUCCCUCUGAGGUUGAAGCAUUAUAUAUUGUUGAUCGUACUCUUGAUUUAGUUUCCCCAUUGAUGACACAGUUAACGUACGAGGGGUUGAUUGACGAGUUUUAUGGUAUUUCCUGCAGUGAAGUGACGUUUCCUUUUAGUUUGAAUGAAAGCGCACCUAUUGGUGGCACUUCUAGUCAGACAGAGGUGUUGGAUUCUUUUGACAAAGUAUUUUCCGAGAUUCGUGAUAAAAACUUCAUUAAAGUUGGCUCUAUUUUGUACCAAAAAUCCGUUUGGGUAAAAAAUCAUUAUGAAAGACGGAAAGAGGUGCGUCAACUCAAAGACUUAAAAGAAUUUAUGAAAGGCUUGCCAGAAAUGCAGGAUUAUCAUCGAAUGAUUAGUCAGCAUACCGUUAUAACAUCUGAAAUAGGAAAAAUAACACAAGGAUUGGAGUUCCGAAAGAAAAUACAGAUUGAACAAUGCAUUGUUCAACAAAUGAAUGAUAAGGAAGUUUUUGAGUUCAUUGAGGACAUGGUUUACAGAAAGGAUCCAUUUUCUCAUAUACUGCGUUUGCUUUCUUUGUAUUCUAUUGUAAAUGGAGGAUUGAAAAGCAAGGAGUAUGAUUUUUUCAAAGAAUCUUUGAUGCUUUCGUAUGGUAUCCCACAGGUCAUGAACGCUUUUAUCAUCAUGGAAUCAUGUGGCUUUCUGACAAAAUACGAGGGGAAGACUAGUUAUCCACUGCUUAGAAAACAGUUUCGAACGUGGAACGCUUCGCUAAAGGAACAGCAGCCGGAUGAUAUCGCAUAUGCUUACAGUGGGUAUGCUUCCUUACUUGUACGAUUACUCGAAAAACUUCUAUUAUCUAACCAUUCUGAGAGCGCUAUUGAUAAUAUUAUGAACUUGCUCCCAGGUGAAAAAUCCGAAAUUAGGAAUACAGUGGAAGUAGUAGGGGAUUCAAGAGCAAUCAUGUUUUUUGUUAUCGGAGGUCUUACUUCUGCCGAGUUAAGCUCUCUGCGGUUUAUUCAAACUCAGAUGGCAAAUGCUGGGAAGUAUAGGCGCAUUAUUGUUGCCGUGACGGAUGUUUGCAGUGGUAAGCGUCUGUUAUCAUCUAUUAUCCCCUUUGAUUUGGAUGUUUAA